GUAAAAGUCAAUUAGAAGAACAGAAUCAGUGCGGAGGAAUACGUCCGAGUGUGGUGGAGUGAUUCGACUCACCUUUCAGAGCAGACGCCCCAUUUGCUCUCCGCUGCCAGACAACCACGCACAAGUGCACCGCCACCAAUGGCUGACCAACUAACAGAGGACCAGAUCGCCGAGUUCAAGGAGGCCUUCUCCCUGUUCGACAAGGACGGAGAUGGCACCAUCACCACAAAGGAGCUCGGCACCGUCAUGAGGUCGCUGGGUCAGAACCCCACAGAGGCCGAACUCCAGGAUAUGAUCAACGAGGUGGAUGCCGACGGCAACGGGACGAUCGACUUCCCCGAGUUCUUGACGAUGAUGGCCAGAAAGAUGAAAGACACCGACAGCGAGGAGGAGAUCAAGGAGGCGUUCAGGGUCUUUGACAAGGACGGCAACGGCUACAUCAGCGCGGCGGAACUGCGUCAUGUGAUGACUAAUCUGGGCGAGAAGCUGACGGAUGAGGAAGUGGACGAGAUGAUCAGAGAAGCGGACUUGGACAGUGACGGACAGGUCAACUAUGAAGAGUUUGUCACGAUGAUGACUUCCAAAUGAAGCAGAUGCGCAGAAACAAAGAAUAUGUCGAAUGUUUCACUUACCUCUUCUUGCAAAAAAAUAAAAAAUAAAAUACAUUUGCACGUA